AUGACCAGUCUGUUUGGAUUUGUCUUUGAGAAAAUCUCGGGGCGCGUUUGGGGUAUUGCAUUUAAAGUGGCUAAAGAAAACGCCGAUCGUGCCAUGGGAAAACUGAACGAGCGGGAAAUCGCUCUAGGCGGCUACGAACUUCGUCGUUUGCGCUUCAACUGUAACGAGAAACCCUCGCACAGCUUCAAUGUGCUGGUAUACGCCGCUACUCCGAAAAACUCGCUCUUCCAAGGGCCAGCUACGUUGGAAGACAUUGCGGUUCAAAUUGCCUCUGCCCGCGGACAUGCUGGGUGCAAUGUGGAGUAUCUUAUUCGACUGGCAGAUUUCAUGAGGGAAAAAGUUCCCGAUUUCGACGAGGAACAUUUGUUUGAAUUGGAGAAGUUGGUCAGAAAAGAGCUUGGACUGUCGACAGAGGUGUGUACGCCUUGGACACAAUUGAAACACACGUUGAUUAAGUGA